CUGGUGCGGGCGCGGGCGGGGAGCUGCUGUUGACGAGAGCGGAGAUGGAGAAGACGGAGGGGGCGGUGCGCCCCCCGCUCGUCAUGCUCCCGCUGCUGGAGAUGCUGCUGGAGAUGGUGGCCGUGUUGAUGCCCCCGACGCUGGUGCUGCAGGGGGGGGCCCGCCCCGACAAGUUCGGUACCUCCAUCAUGACCUUCCUUUAGCAAUUCCCACUUGCACUGCUCACUCGCGCACUCGCUCCGUGCCCUGGCACUCGCCGCCCCGCCCACCUGGCGAUCGGCGCCCUUCGCACUCUGUCGCGGCCGCUGCCGGGCUGGGAGGCCGAGGGCGCUGCGGCGGAGGAGGUGUGGCGGUCGCGCGGGGGGGGGGGGGGAGGAGUCCGGAGGAUCACGUGCCACAGGGGAUCGAGGUCCGCGGCCGACACUCCGUUUCGCGGGUCGCGCCGACACACCGUAAUUGCAGGGCAUCAACUGAGUGCAGGCGGCGGGCCCGCUCCGACCUGCAGAGGGGGCGGAGUCACCCGCGGCGAGCGCGCGCCCACAAGGCGCCCACACGCUGGACGCACUCGAUAAAUGCGCUCGGCAGCCACUCUGCGGCGGGCUUCCCUGCUCGAGCUCCCGAAGACUCCUCUCGCAGACGCAGCAGGGACGGCGUCUGCGGACGAGGCGCGAGUGCCCAGGAAGCCUCCUGCACGGCCUCCGCCUCCGCCAGCGGGCCUUCCAGAGCCCGGCGUCGCCAACCCGAUUGCUAGGCGGUGAUUGCCGCCGCCUGCUGCAGGCCGCUUUGCAGCCUUUUAAAAACGGCGUCGCGCGUUAUUUAGUGACAAUGACGGCCUCCGCUCCUGGCUGGCGGCAGUCGCAGCCUCCCGCAAACACUUGCGGCACUCUUCACCUUGCAAGCGCUUCCGGCCGCAGGAAGUGACGGGCGCCAGAUUGUUUUGUUUGUUACAUCUAAUGGGAGAUGUUCCCUGCGGUGGUUAUUGGCUGCGGUUGCGGUUACAUGAGGCGGUUGAGUGCA